AUGUCCACUUUCUCCUGCACGCAUUUCCUCUCAAAUGGUUACGAGUUCUUCGCUGAUCGUCGAUUGGUCACUAUUUUAACCGCUCCAGAUUAUUUGGGCGAAUUCGAUAUUACAGUUCCCAUCUUGUCAAUUGACGAAAAUUUGAAAUGCUCAUUUAUAUUUCUUUAUCCGAGUGACAGUCAAUCCAAAAAGCAAGUUAAUGAGAAUGAGACUUUCCAUGUAGAACUUGAUCAUGACAGAUUAGUCAAAAUAUCAUUAGCUCAAAUGGGUGAUGAUGAAAAAUGUGUUCAUUGGGGUGAUAUAGACAAUGAUGUAUCGAUUAAAGAAUAA